UCUUAAUAAACUGUUUUACAGAUAUACCAUGUCUAUAGGAUUGUUAACAUCAACCAUUCAGGCUGCCAAGAGAAUCCGUGACCGAGCAGACCCAGUGGUACAAAACUUGGGGUCUGGUAUUGCUUCCUUGGUAAAAAGCGGACAUGAUUAUUCCUAUUUAGAAAAGAAAAAAUCACGGAUAGAAUUGAUCCGACUGAGCGCUGUUGUUUGUGGAAUAGAGCUUUGUUACGCUGCUGAAACUGCCUUUGUCAGCCCCAUUUUACUGAAAUUGGGUGUACCCGUACCACUGAUGUCAUUAGUAUGGUGUUUAAGUCCGCUUUUUGGAAUUAUUCUGGUUCCAGUGUUAGGUUCUGUAAGCGACAAUUGUAAUCUGAGAUGGGGUCGCCGCCGACCGUUCAUUUUCCUGUUAGCACUUGGAAUUGUUGUGGGUUUAAUCAUUGUUCCGAAUGGAAAGACUCUAGGAAUCCUAAUGGGUGACAAGAGGGACAAAAUCUUUGACAACAAAACCCUACCAAACAAUUAUACUUUAUUUAAUAGAACCUACAAUUCGACGUUAAACCAAACAGAUGGGAAACUUUCUGAAACAUUUCCAAAGGAAGACGACGUGUUCCAUUCUCUUACACAAAUGGAUCGCACAAAAGGAAUUACAUUAACCAUAUUAGGAGUAGUGCUUUUGGACUUCAGCUGUGAUGCAGCACAGUCUCCAAGCAGAGCAUAUUUAUUAGAUGUUAGCAUCCCAGAGGACCAAUCGAAAGGGCUCAGCACAUUCACUAUCAUGGCAGGGCUAGGAGGAUGUAUAGGAUACGCCAUGGGGGGAAUAAACUGGGAUUUGAGACACACAAAGGAAUCAUCCUUAGAGCAACAUGUCCUCGUAGUGUUCUCCUUAGUCACUGUCUUCUUUGUUUUGUGUCUAAUCAUUACUUUAACAAGCUUUAAGGAAGUCACAUUAGGAUACUGCGAAAAAUCAAACGAAGAUUUACAAAAGUCAAAGACAAAGAAAGGCAAGUCUAAGUACGAAAAAUUUACAAACGAAGAGGACGAUGAAAAUGAGUAUGACCACGAAGAUCAUUUAAAACGAACGUCUGCACAAGUUGACUAUGGAUCAACUAAUGACUUUCCCACCAAGAACUUGCAUGUGUCGGAAAACUCCAAUACCGACAAAAUCCCAAAAGAAUCUACACCAAUAAAAUCUGUAGAAAUUUCUAAUUUCGCUUCAUUGUUGAACGAAGUGAAGUUAAAAACGUAUCUAGUAUCAAUAAUUCGGAUGCCCAGGUCUCUGUUCAUCCUGUGUCUGACUAAUCUCUUCUGCUGGAUGUCACUCGUCUGUUACUCCUUGUAUUUCACUGACUUUGUGGGGCAGGCUGUAUAUGAAGGGGAUCCAAAAGCGCCAAGACAUAGCAAUUUACACAAACUUUAUAACGACGGUGUACGGCUGGGAUCGUUUGGGAUGUCCCUCUAUUCGUUGUCCUGUGCAGUGUAUUCAAUGUUCGUAGAAAGACUGGUGGAAAAGUUUGGAGCAAAGAGGGUUUACAUCGGAGGUCAGCUAGUUUACUGUGUUGGCAUGAUCAUCAUGGCGACCAUACAAAGUCCAGUGACAGUGAUUCUCUUAUCCCCCACUGCAGGCAUCAUGUACGCCACUCUCUUUACAAUGCCAUACAUGAUAGUCGCCAACUACCACACGAAGGGACAGUUUUCUUCUGAAGCACCCACAAGAGAAGAUACCAUCCGAGGACUAGGGACAGACAUCGCCAUUGUGAGCAGCAUGGUGUUUAUUGCGCAGUUUGUUCUGUCAGCUUUUGUGGGGUCAGUAGUGCACGCCACAGGUACCACCGUGGCGGUCGUGGUGAUGGCAGCGAUACUCAGCCUUCUCGGCGCACUGUCGGCCACUCAAGUUCUGUACCUUGGUUUAUAAUGCUUGCUAACAAUAUCAAAGCACUGUCGACCACUGUAUCUGUAUGAUAGAUGUUUAAUGCCUAUAAAUAAUAUCAACGUACUGUC